AAUCUUGCGAUGGAGAGGGCGACUAAGCGACUUAACUUACGGCUUUCCACUAGUAUUGUGCCGUGAGCCGUGUGCGAAAGAUAGAGAAACCGGAAACAAUAUGAAACGCCGCUAUGAAUCUGGAGCAGCAAAACGAAAGAAGCGAGAAGAAAGAGAAAAUAUUAAUGCCCAACACAGGAAUUCUUUACAAUCAUUUUUAGUACACAAAGAAGUCAAUACCGCGGAUUCCGAUACUACCACAGAACGCAUACCUAUAACUGUAACUGAACAUUCGCAACCAGAAAUAGAAAUAAUAAAAUACGAUCAACAAACAGCUUCUUGCUCAUUUUCAAACGAAAAAGGGGAAACAAACGCAAACCAUGAUAAUUAUAACUUAUUGGACAUAUCCCAAUGGCCCGACACGUUAACGGAAGAUAUGAUACAACAAGUUUUAAAUGAAAAACCGAAGGAUAUUGGAGAUCCGACAAAUUCGGGAAUAUUGGUUAAAUAUCGUGACAGAACUUACAUUCGCCAUUUAUCAGAAAACAAUUUUUACCGAACGAAACCGAAUGGAACGAAAGAAAAACGUGAAUGGCUAAUCUUCAGCGAAACAAGUGGUAGUGUUUAUUGCUACAUAUGCAAAAUGUUUUCAAAAAAGAAAACACAGUUUUUUUCUGGUUGCUCUGACUGGAAGAAUAUAUCCGCAAAGAUUUCCGAACAUGAAAACUCGAACGAUCACAGAUUGGCAAUGUGUAUUUUCUGUAAGCGGUCUCGCUCUGAAGGUCGAAUUGACAGUGAUAUACUGAAACAGGUGGAAACCGAGCAACAAUAUUGGAGGGCUGUCUUGAAAAGGGUGGUUAUAACUGUAAAGUUUCUUGCAUCUCAAGGACUGGCAUUCCGAGGACAACAGGAAAACAAAAGUAAUUAUUUUCGAUGUUUAGAAUAUCUGGCUGAAUUUGAUCCAUUUAUUGCAAAUCAUUUGAGUAAAUAUGGACAUCGGGGACAAGGUUCCGUGAGUUACCUGUCGAACACAACUUGUGAUGAAAUUAUUAAUAUAAUGGGGGAUAAAUUACGAAAAUCCUUUAUCGAGGAAGUGAAAACAGCAACAUAUUUUUCUUUAAUCAUCGACUCUACGCCUGACAUUAGCCAUGUGGAUCAGCUUUCCAUUGUACUGAGGUAUGUACUCCCCGACGGCCAGAUUAAGGAACGGUUUUUCGGUUUCAUAGAUAUUUACUCUCACCAUUCUGAGAAUUUAGAACACGUAGUUACUGAGACUCUGUCAAACUGGGGUAUAGAUAUAACAAAAUGCCGAGGCCAAAGUUACGAUAAUGCGGCCAAUAUGGCCGGUAAAUACUCUGGAUUGCAGGCACGGAUUAAACAACACAGCGCUAAUGCAGAAUACAUUCCUUGUUCCAGUCAUAGUUUAAAUCUCGUGUUGAAUACUGCAGCUGAAUCAUCGCGUACUGCAAUUUCAUAUUUUGAUUUUGUUCAAAAUCUAUAUGUGUGGUUCUCUGCGUCUACGCAAAGAUGGAAUAUUCUUCAAAAUCAUCUCCGCAAAAAUGCAUGCUGCAUACAAAGGGUGUCAGAUACACGUUGGUCAGCUCGCGCAGAUGCCGUUUUUGCAUUAUAUAAAAGUUAUAGUGACAUUAGAAAGGCUCUCAUGGACAUUAGUGAUAAUCAACAGCAUAAACUUGUAGCCAGAGUUGAAGCGAAAGGCCUUGUCAAAAAAAUGAAUUUAUAUGAGAUAGCUAUAAUGACAGUUCUGUGGAACAAACUGCUUCAACGCAUGAAUGCCACUAGUAAAUCAUUUCAAAAUCCAGAAUUUUGUUUAUCCACAACUGUAAACCUUUUAACAUCUCUGAAAAGUUUUAUAUCUUCUGAAAUUAGGAACGGAUUUGAUAUUCUUGAAACAGAUGCCGCAAGAUUCGUUGAAGAAAACUGUAUUUACCAGGAUGAAGAAAAACGAUCAAGGAAACCAAAGUUACCUUUUGAUGAAAGUGCUGAAAAUAAUACAAUUUUGAGUGGACGUGAAAAUUUUAUUGUUAAUACCGUAAACAUUAUUUGUGAUACUUUAAUGGGAGAAAUAGAUAACCGAAUCAAGGCAUAUACCGAAAUUAACAACAGAUUUGGAUUAUUUUUUAAUUUUGAGCUAUCUAAAAUUGAAGUAAAUUCAAUGAUCACAAAAUUAAUUACCAUUUACACGGAUGAUAUUGAUGCUGCCGUAACUAGAGACGAACUACUUCAAUUUUUGGCCUAUGCUAAGGAGGAGUGUCUUUAUUCGCCAAUGAAAAUGUACGAGCAUCUAAUACUAUGCGGACUGAAAUCAACUUUUCCGAACGUUGAAACGUUGCUGCGAAUCUAUCAUACAAUUCCCAUAAGCAACGCAUCCGGUGAACGCUCUUUUUCCGCGCUUAAAAGAAUAAAAACUUAUUUGCGAAAUUCUGUUGGACAGGAGCGACUUUCAAAUUUGGCUAUUCUUCAUAUAGAAUCUGAAGAAACAGGGAAAUGCAAUUUUGACGAUGAAUACAUUUUGCUAAUGAAACUAACCGCUGCGACAAUUCAGAAACAGUACGAUUACUCAAUCGAACACGGAAUGCGGUCACCAUACCAAUAUUCAACUUUAACAGAGGCGAAUCACCUGUAUGGUGAUCCUCAUCCACUUUAUUGCAAAAAGAUUCAUCAGUACGCUUUGGACAAUCAAGCUCUUUUAAUAUUACUCUACCAUUAUAAUAGUCACCUGCAACCGUACAUUUGUCACAAGAUGAAUACCCACUAUGGGACUUGA